AUAUUUGCUUCCGAUAAACGAUAUCGGGUUAAUGUGGCUCUGCCAGUUCAAAACACUGUUUCAAAUGUAGUUUGUUCAAAGUUAUUGUUAGCGUAAUACAGUGCUAUCGUAUUGACAUUAAAUAUGAAUGUUUUAUUACUCUUACUUAUACUUUCUUUUGCCAGCACUAUUCAAUGCGACAUACACACAAAUAGGAUUGAAGAUACACUUUCAACGGAGGCAAAUGAUACAAAUACUUUGUGUAAGGAUCACCUUCAGGUACCGGAGAAAGUCAGAAUAGACUUAUACUACGAAAGUUUAUGCCCAUAUUGUAAACAAUUCUAUGUAAAAGAACUAGCUCCUGUUGUUCAGAAACUAAUGAAUUACAUAGAGCUAUAUACAUAUCCUUUCGGACACGCACAGAUGAAAAAGAAUGACAACAAGACCACAUUUGAAUGCCAGCAUGGUCCAACAGAAUGUUACGGCAACGGGCUACAUGCAUGUGCUAUUCAGUAUUUGCCAAAAAUGUCCGAAUAUGUCCCAUUUAACACCUGUUUGAUGGAGAAAUGGUCUACGGACAAAGAUGCUGAACAGUGUGGUCAACGUCUGCACCUCAACGCUGAACCCAUUAGAACCUGCGCCAAUAGCGAUGAGGCUAUCAAUCUCGUUAUAUAUUACGCGCAAGAAACUGAAAAAUUAAAGAAUAUGUCUUACGUGCCUUAUACAGUCAUCAAUCAUAAAGUAAUGGAUCCCGAGACCGACCUUAUAGACUCCGUAUGCGCUACCUUCGAGAAGCCACCACAGGAAUGUAAAAAAUAAUAGUUUGGAACAAUUAGUUUACACAUAAGUGCUGGAUAAAAUAUGAAAAACUGAAUGCUAAAAAUAAUUGUUUGUAUUAUAAGAUUUGGUAAGUUUGUAACUAUUUUAUUAUUUUCAGUCAUU